GUGAGAAGCACGCGCAUCUCUCACACCAACACAGCGCGUGAACUCACGAAGAGCCGGUGACUUUGGGAACUAUACAGCAGAUUGUUUCAUUUCUGUUGUAUGAGAGACAAGACAAAUUCUGUGAAUCUUAAACGACGUUGUUAAUCAAACAAAAUAAGAUACGCGCACAGAUUGACGAAGAAAACAACGGAGCGCUCGCGAUGGAUUGAAAGUGUCAACACAUGACAACUCAAAACGGGCUGAAGAAAAGAAAACGACAUGAAAGAGAGGUGUAAGUAUGACUGUUUAAAAAUGGACCGCCAUAUAUGUACAUGUUUUUAUUUUGAAACAGAUAUUUGACUAACACUCAAUGAAAGAGGAACAGCGCGCGCUUGGGCGCGUGUAAGUGUUUUAUAGACUUUUAAACGUGAUCAUCUCAAAUUCCUCUCUCGUGCUACUCUGAAUACUCAGUUUACUCUCUUCAGAUGCUGGAAACUACAGUUGUGGUUAUGUUAAACAAUGUGGUGACGGGCUUUAUGGAUUUUCACUUUUUCUUCGUGUCACCACUUGCCCUUUCAGAUUUUCUCUGUUAGUAAAAAAACCCUGUUCUUUUGAGUUGAGUUUCACAUUAUUUUGUCUGCCUCAAGGUAUACAGAUCUUGAAUCUAGUGGAUUUUAGGGAUUAGAUUAGUAUCUUUUUGCUGCUAUUCAUUUCCACUGUGCUACCUCAGCAUGUGGGAGUUGUGUGUAGCACAGCAAAUCUCAAUAUAGUGACUGGAUUUUAAUGACUGAUUUUGUGGAAACCAGCAGAAAGGAUGUCUCUACAAGUGACAUUUCUUUUGACUGAAAUGUAAGCAUUCAUCACUUUUUUUUUUCAUGUCUUUUACGUGGAUGGAUAUUUUUUCUUCUUCUUGGAAAAGCUAUAAGAGGAUGCGCAGAACUGGCCAUAUCAGAUUUUUUGACAUGUUUGACGUAAUCUUUCUUUGUUAACUUUAUGUAUGAGCUGAUGAGAAGAUGAGAAGAUACAAAAUAUUGACCUUUAAACCCAUUUACUGAGAGCUGUGGGCACCACCCAUAACUUAUUGUCCCAUUCUUCUCUUAAGGAUUCAGGUUGCACAUGUUUAAAUGACAUUAAGGUGUGCUUGACCUACUACAUAUAACAUUUUCGCUCUAAAUACUCUUUGCUGGUGUCACUCAGUUGCUAAGACACAAGUUACAACAUAUUGGAUAAAAGAUAAACAGUUAUAUCAGGCUUCAACCUUCACCCAACAGUUGUUUUAUUACCCCCCCCCCCCCCCCCCACUGUACCUAUCAGGUGGUGGGGGGGAAGAGUUGGGCCCAAAUCAUGGAGUCCAACCCAGACAGCCCGAGUCGGGCUGUAGAGUACCUACUAGAGCUCAAUAACAUAAUUGAGAACCAGGCCAAACUUUUAGAUUCACAACGUAAACGCAUCGAGGAGCUCGAAACACAGCUAGACCGUGUCAACCAGGAGAACCAGGACUUACGACAGGACAGGAGCCCAGGAACCGAGAACUCAAUGCAGAAUCACAGCUACAACCAGAGCUCUAAGCAUGGCCAGCCAUCAUCGCUACCAAACCACAAUGCAGGAGGUGUCCAUCAGAACAGCAACAGUACCAUACCUUCAUCCACGAUGCCUGGUCCAGCUCGACGGACGCACGCAAGGUUGACCAGAGGCCUGUCUUGUGGGUCAGCCCCUGUUGAGAAAGAGAGGGGACGAUUGGAACGAAAUGACAGCUCUGGGACCAGCAACACGUCGACUCUACGGAAACAUGAGGUGGAAACCCAGGGUUCAGAUUCACGUCCCUUCUCAGACAGUUCCUGCAGUAAAUCUCCUUACAUACACAGCUCUGACCAUUACGGGAACAACAGCUGUGGCCCCCGAGGCCCCCGGGCACCUUUUGUGGCCCCUCCAAGCCCAGCCAGCCUUGCCUGGGCCCAGCGUACACGGAACCAACCAGCUAGCCUGGCCCUACGUAAACAAGAGGAAGAGGAGAACAAGAGGUGCAAAGCUUUAUCGGACAGCUAUGAGCUCUCUACAGACCUACAAGACAAGAAGGUGGAGAUGUUGGAGAAGAAAUAUGGAGGUUACUUCGUGAGUAGACGAGCAGCACGCACCAUCCAGACAGCGUUCCGUCAAUAUCGCAUGAACAAGAACUUUGAGCGCCUGCGCAGCUCAGCCUCUGAGAGCCGCAUGACACGCCGCAUUAUCCUUUCGAACAUGCGACUGCAGUACUCGUUUGAUGACCGGCACCCUCAACUGCCCACCCCGACUCACUACAGUCACAGUCCAGGAAUGGGUCCUCCACAUUCUCCAACCUGCACCACAGAGCCUAGCUCCCCACGACCAGAGUACACUCACCUAGAGGACUCCUUCUCUAAACAGGUGAAGUCCUUGGCCGACUCCAUUGAUGAUGCCCUGACAUGUCGACCACGGCGAAAUGAUUCCCAGGAAGGCAUAGGGGAUGGAAGUGCUGUUGUGGAUGACUUCGGAGAGUGCAUCUGGAGCAGCAACAGCCAUGCAUCCCUCCGCAGAGGACUUGGAGACAGGGAUCGAGGCGGUACUGGAGGUUUGAGCAUGCACGAGGAUAGCACAGCCACCUCCUACAGUGACGUCACACUCUACAUGGAUGACGGACUACCUUCCUCACCGCUGUCCCUAGACCGAGCACCUAGCAGCACGGACACCGAGUUCUGGGGGGGUGUUGGAUGCGGGGUAGGCGGUAGGGAAGACAGCCGUGACACAGAAGGGGGAGGGAGCAGCAACAGUCGUCGAAGCACACCUUGCACAGAAUGUCACGAUUACCGUUUACGGGGAGGACACUUACCGCUUCUUACAAUUGAACCACCUAGCGACAGCUCAGUGGACAUGAGCGACCGCUCAGACCGAGGUUCCCUUAGUAGACAACUGGUUUACGAGCAGGAUUCAGGGGGAGGGUCGCCUCAAGGGACACUAAAACACAACCCCAAUGCUCGUUCAACAUCCUCGACAGCCGCGCAAGGUCAAACGCGUCCAGGUAGCAGAUCGUUACCAUCACAUAUCCCACACCACAUGGCUCAUCAUCACCAUCAUCACCACCACCAUCACCAGUAUCCUGACACCCCCUCAUCCUCUUCCUCACCUCAGCAGCCCCCGGCCACGCCGCUUUCAUCCUCCUCCUCAGCACCGCUGCCCCCUGGUGGCCUGGAGCAGCAGUGCUGCUCAGAUGGUGAUAAUGACUCGCUUAACUCCACCACAAACUCUAAUGAGACCAUUAAUUGCAGCUCAGGCUCCUCAUCAAGGGACAGUCUAAGAGAGCCACUCCCCCCUCUAGGAAAGCAGACCUACCAGAGAGAAAGCCGACAGAGCUGGGACUCUCCUGCUUUUAACAACGAUGUGGUACAGAGAAGACAGUAUCGCAUCGGACUGAAUCUCUUCAACAAGAAGCCAGAGAAGGGUAUCCAGUACUUGAUUGAGAAGGGCUUUGUGUCAGACACACCAGUGGGCAUUGCUCGCUUCAUCUUGGAGAGAAAAGGCCUGAGUCGACAGAUGAUUGGAGAGUUUCUUGGCAACAGGCAGAAACAGUUCAACAAAGAUGUAUUGGACUGUGUUGUGGAUGAAAUGGACUUUUCCGGAAUGGAUCUCGAUGACGCUCUGAGGAAGUUUCAGGCUCAGAUAAAAGUGCAAGGAGAGGCCCAGAAAGUGGAAAGACUUAUUGAGGCCUUCAGUCAGAGGUACUGUGUUUGUAAUCCAGCACUGGUGAGACAGUUCCAGAAUCCAGACACCAUCUUCAUCCUGGCUUUUGCCAUUAUCCUCCUCAAUACAGACAUGUACAGCCCCAACAUCAAAGCAGAGAGGAAGAUGAAGCUGGAUGAUUUCAUCAAGAACCUGCGAGGGGUAGAUAAUGGUCAGGACAUCCCACGUGACUUACUAGUUGGAAUCUACCAGCGCAUACAGAAGUGGGAACUGAGGACCAAUGAUGACCAUGUUUCUCAAGUCCAAGCAGUGGAGAGAGUCAUAGUGGGCAAGAAACCUGUUUUGUCUCUGCCUCACCGCAGGCUGGUGUGCUGCUGUCAGCUCUAUGAAGUCCCAGACCCCAACCGUCCUCAGAGGUCUGGAGUCCACCAGAGAGAGGUCUUCCUCUUCAACGAUCUGCUAGUGGUUACCAAGAUCUUCCAGAAGAAGAAGACCUCUGUCACAUACAGUUUCAGACAGUCCUUCCCUCUGGUGGAGAUGCAGGUUCACAUGUUUCAAAACUCCUACUACCCUCAUGGUGUCAGACUAACAUCAGCAAUCCCAGGUGGCGAGCGUAAAGUUUUGAUUGUGUUCACAGCUCCCAGUCAACAGGAUCGCACACGGUUUGUCAGUGAUCUGAGGGAGAGCAUUGCUGAGGUGCAGGAAAUGGAGAAAUACAGAGUGGAGUCUGAGCUGGAGAAGCAGAAGGGUGUGAUGCGCCCCAGCCUGCUCCCCAACAGCAUUAUGGGUGGAGGAGUGGGUGGGGUCAAGAAUGAAGUGGUUAAUGGCACUAUGGGCAGGCCCAGUCUGGAUGACAACUAUUCCCCAGGAGAGGGCCUCAAACGCACUGCUCUCAGCUCCUCACUGAGGGACCUGUCUGAAUCAGGGAAACGUGGCCGCAGAAACAGCGUUGGUUCCCUUGACAGUACAAUGGAAGUAAGUCUCAGUGAAGCAGAGCAGUCCGCAGCCUCACCAGCGUUACCCAGUAGCCACUGUACUUCCGGGAUGCUAUGGAACAGAAGACUACCGGCCUCACCGCCCCAUCCUGAGCCCCGGAGUGGGGGUGGGGGGUGGGCCGGGGCAGCAACACACACCUGCGGUGACUGGCACUGGGCCAGUCUCCAGCAGCACAGAGAGAGGAAUGAGUGGAGUGGGGACUGGGACCAACAACAACACAGGCUCCUUCCUGGGCUCCCUGUUUGGGGGCAAACGAGCCAAAGCCCCUAUCAUCCCCCCGGGUCCACCCUACCCCGCCCCUGUGGCCCCACCGACCACCGGAGGACCACCGCCUCCUUCCCCUUCCUCCCUAUGUCUGGCGGAGGGAGGGGGACCUUCCAAGAUCCAAGCCCUGCACGCCCAGUACUGCCACACUACAAGCAACAAUGUCAGUGGGCAACCUCCACCCCCAUACUACCACCACCAUCGCUACCACACGCAGACCAUGCCGUCAUCUGGUCAGGUGCACCAUACACUUCAGCGGGUUACCUUGCCUCGUCGGCCGCCCCCCAACCCCUCCGUGCACUCCCCGUACCAGCCGAUCUCCCAGCAUACUUUGCAGGGUCGCUACGGGAGUAUGGGCAACAUGGGCUCCGCCCCCCCUCCCCCCCUUUCUCCUCACUCCCCACUCUCCCCUCACCCACAGUUUGCGCUGUUCCACACACAACCCACACACUCGGCCAGAGGGGGCGCCACCAACAAGCCCCCUCUCACGCUGUCGCACUCGCACCCACACGCACACUCCCUCACCCACCCCGUGCACGUGCAAACGCCGCACCCGGCGUCCCACCCCGCGCACCAGCCUCACUUCGUCUUCACCAGCCCUCCUCCUCCGCCUUUCCCUGCUCCCACUCAGCCGCCUCCAGUCUCUGUGUCCGCCACUGCCCACCACGGGCAGCCGGCCGCCCAGUAUCUGCCCCAGUAUCCACCACUGUCCUCCAUUCCCCCUCCCCCCCUCCACUCCCCUUUACCCCCCCCUUCCUCCCCCCUUAUCCCUCUUAUGCCUCUCUCCCCUCUCCCCCCCCAGCACCAAGGCCCUCCUUCCCAACCGGGGGGUCAGCAAGGACCCUUGCCGGGUCAGACUGGAGCAGGACCUGGGGGGACGGGUACAGUCGAACGCGCCAAAUCCAAAUCUAUCAACCGGAUCAGCACGGUAGUGUGAGCCGGGGGAAGUCGCGAGGCUGGGGGUCGCUGAAGGGUCCUUUGGUGGUUGGAGGAGGGACUGCUGCGAGGGUGGAGGAGGCGGGCAGCAGCAGGUCAAAAGGCGAUAACAACACUAGUGGCAAAAAGAAACGCAGCCUCCUGAGACUCUGUUACUUUCACUUGCGUUUCCCACAAGUGUAGGGCUAACAAACGGGUACUGAAGGGACUUGACGAGAAAAAGCUGUGCAAACAAACAUGUGAGCAUGUGGUAUAACGUGAUGACAACAAAGUAUACAGAUAGUUUGAUACACAUGAAAGCUCUCAGGUAGAUUAGUGCUGAGUUGUUGUAGAUGCCAUUGUCAUAUGGUAAUGGAGCCAAACAAUAACUUACAUGCUUCUCCUUAAAAAAAAUAAUACAUUCAGUCAUAACUUAUAAUCCUUAAGCAUGCAAAAGGAUUACAAACAUGUGGACUCAAACAAAAAUCAAAUGUCCACAGUCUUGAUUCAAUUGCUUGUAGCCAUAAUGUUAGGGGAAAAUGUUUGAAUAGCACAUUCAUUAUUGCAGGUAUUCACAGGCAUUGCUGAACCAGUUUGAAUACCUUUUUUGAACUGAGAACCUGUCCAGAAAAUGUGAAGACCAGAUAGCAUACUAAUGACUCUAUACUCCAUAUAUUCUACUAGACAUGAACAUCAAAGCACAGUACAUGUUCAGUGAUUUAUUACAUUCCAGAACAACUAUCCAAGUAAUGUUUUUAGCAUUAGUCGAUAGCAGUCGCAAAGAUGCAAUAAACUUUUCACUCAGUUGAUGUCCAGCUUCUACUUGCUGAAUUAUUUUAAAUGUUCCAUUGCUCUGCUCUUUUUGUACACAUCUAUAACAUUGACAUGAAUGAGUGUUCAUAGGGAUAAAUUAUUGUCAAUCUGAAUGAGAAUUAUUCACCUGCAAUGUCCAUAAUUCCAUUGUUUCUAUAAAAUUGGUGUUCAUACCUACAGUUGCACCAAUGAAAUACCACUUUCUGUGAAAUGCUUUUUUUUUUUUUUUUUUUUUUAAAAA